AUAUUGCAAAAGGUGACCAAAGUUCUCCUUUUCUCUUCUUGCACACGGGAACAAAAGCAGCGCUUCUCCCAUCCCGUCCCCUGGAUGACCGAAUGAAAUCUCCUUGUUCCGAUUCGUAUUACUGAGAGAAAUAGUGGAGCGUAUACCGUUUGUGAUCUUUUGAAAAGGGACCUUCAUAUCAUCGCCUCACCCCUUUUCUCCUUAGCACAAAUGGGUGGGUGAAUUUCCUCACAGCGAACGAAUAAAAAUUAGGCCCCAGCAUGCUCUUUUUCUUUAUUAACUAGUCAAAAAGGCCAACAGGGAGCUUCUGAGCCACCUUGAAGCCUCCCUCACACCAGGCAGGAACGUGUCGUCUUAAAUUAAGUGGGAUUUGAAAGCAGAAGCCAUUUUAUUUUUUUGACCGUAAGCUGGGAGCUCAUCCACUUAUCUGUUGCACCUGAGUUCAACCAGGUAAAUGUUAGAGCCUGAAGGAAAUUUCCCUCAGCAAAGGGAUUUUUUCUUCUUCUUCUAGAAGGGGAAGAGGGAUUUUGUUAUUAUUAUUAUUAUUAUUAUUAUUAUUUAAAAAUUCUCAGGAAGCAACACAAGGUGGAAAUGGCCUGGUCAAGACAGCUGGCCAAUACUUGCAGACAGAGGCGGAUUUACGUAUUAGCUAAAAAAGCUACAGCUUAGGACUCCACUCCCUUGGGGCCCCCCAAAAAAAUUUAAAGGGGGAGGGGAAACUGGAUGUACAUUUCCAAAAUAUAAGAUAAGAAAACAAAUAAAAUAAAACCUACAUACAGCAACAGUGUUUUGUGUUGUGUAGGCUCCUAUGAUGUAAGAUGGGCCCCGCCUGCUUGUAUUAACUGCAAUUGCAUUGUACAGGUUAUAACACUUAAUUCCAUAUUAAAAGAGCUAUUUAUAAUUAUUAGUAGUUUGCACCAUAUAUCACCUAUUAUUAUUUCAUGUUAUAGCAAGUUUCUAGAGACUAGAUUAUGAGUCUUUGUGAACUGUGUUUCUAAAGGAACUUUUGUUAUUGCCAAAUGCCAGUGUGUUUGCAUUAUUAAGUUUGUCCUGAAUAAAAAAUCAUUUUAAGUUAGUGCUUAAUAAUUAUUUCACUAUUAAUAUACUUCUUCUUAAUUGUAUUUCAGUUCAACAAUUAAUUUGAUUAAAUACAUACUUUGUUAUGUGCAAAUGGCUUUAGAUACCUAUUAUUAGGUCCAUAAAUUGCCAUACAGCAUAUAUUCAACACAAAAAAAACAGCGACAAUUUGCUGUUGACAAAGGACAGCUGGACAUAUACAGUAAAAGGCCCCAUUACCUUCAGUAGUUUAGGGCCUCAUCAAACCUAAAUCCGGCCCUGCCUGCAGAGUGGUGCCAAAAUGCUUUCUGAGUAAAAAAAAAUUAUUCUGUAGUCAUAUAAUGCCAGAGGUUUGGCUUCUCUCUGUGCUCCUCAGCCAGUAGUCGCAUUUCACAUCAUAUGGCUUCUCUUAAAGGAUCCUGGGAACUAUCUGGCGAAGGAUGCUGGGAUUGUAGAUCCAUGAGGGGUAAACUAUAGUUCCCAGGCCAUGAUUUUUUUUGGGGGGGGGGAAUCAGAAAAGGUCAAGGAAAACCAGGCUGUUUUCAUUUGAUUUGGCAAUGAUCACUAUUUAAUGUUCCGCACCAACUUGAAAAUAAUAGAGUAUAUUCUACUUUAUUUAUAUCCUUGUAUCUCACCAGUAUACUGAUAUUUCUGUUUUUUGAGAGUUGCAUAGGAAUCACUAAUGUUUUUGCAGAAACAGCCUCCAUUAAAUGUUUGUGCUCUUUUAAACAAAAUAGCCUCACCGUUAACUCUUCCUGUCUCUACACAAACACAGUUGGGAAAGGGGCUGGCUUCCACUGUAGCAUUUAUUAUGAUUUUAAAAGUAACCCCUCCAGUUUAUUGAAAUCCCAAAGCUUGGAUCCAACUUACUGUUAUAAUUGCUAUAAGCUUUUCCCACCAAGAACCAUCUGAUCUGCUAGGGUGGCAGUGUUUAGAUCAGAGGUACGGUACAUGAGUUUGGUGCAUUGCCUUUACAGAAACCAUCAUGACUGCAGUGGAAUUAAUUGGUAUAACAUAGAUGUUCUGAAACCUUGAAGUGCCUCUAAAAAACAAAACAACUCUCUGGAUUCCAUAAAUUAAACUUUUGUGUUGUUCCCUGCCUGCCUGUUGCCAGCACACAGAGAUUCUCAGCAUCGAGUACAAUGAAUGCAAUAAAACAGACCGUGCAAUCAGUAAUUAGCCAUGCAUCACACCAGAAUAGGCAGCCUCUGAACAUACUUGGGAGUUCCUUGGCAAAAGAAAAGCAAUAACGUCAUCAUGACAUUGCCUGCAUGGUACAAGGGAAGGAAGCCUCUGGGCAUACGUAGAGUGCAAGAUAAGUAACUGUACCUGUGAUAUGACAAGAAACUUGAAUGAUUUUAUAUUUUUGAAAGGAGUAUGGUGGGUGUUGAAAGGGGGAGGUAGGAAGGAAACUUAAUGCGCACUAGCCGCAGAGAACACAUCCUCUGUGUGUACAGAUGUUGUCUGCAUAGCGUGCAGGUAUGACACUUGCAAAGUGAUGUCUAUACAGUAUUUAAAACUCCAAACCACAGCAAUUCAGAGGCCUUUGCAGCCUGCGACAGGCCCUGCUCUCAGGGUUUACCGUCAUUUCCCUACAACCACAAUCUGCGGCCUGUACAAAGAAGUUAAGGAACGUAAAUUAUACACAAACUUUUUCUUUGAUGAAUGCUGUUCUUCUUUCCAUGGAAAGAGGAAGAAAAUGGGGGGAAAGCCAGCACCUAGCACUCCUAACAGGUUUUUUUUUUUUAAUGGAUUGCCUAAUCUAAGUAAAAGUGUGCAGAUUAGUUGCUGUUUUAGAAGUUUUCUUGACUCUUUUGUACUGUAUAUGACUCUUCCCCCCCCCCCCGCGCCGCCACUCUUUCAGUGCACAUUUAUGUGUGAAAUGGGGAUUGUUGCAUGGAGCAUCAUUCUUCCAGUGUAUGUUUUCUUGGAGAUAAAUCUAUUGAGUUCAAGAGCACUUAUAAAUAAAUGCAUGUUGGUAUGCAGUCUUAAGUCUUUCAGGUGAUUUAAUAUCGAUUGGAUCAUAUGCAUAAUUUGUAAUUUAGGACAAGCUUCUCAACAGAUUUUACUGAGUGAAGAUAUCAGUGCAAGAUCUACUUUAUCCCUAUAAAGACAUUGCGACUGAUGGGAGAGCAGGAUCCUCCCUUUCCUGUGUUCCUGCCCAAUUUUGCACAUUAUAUAUUAUGUUUACAUGGGUGCCAGCAUGUUCAGAGCCCAGCUCAGGUAGAUCCACGCCAUUGGUAUACUUUGGUUUUGUAGAUCACGUGUAACCAAUGCAGGCUCUGUGGGUUGGAUGCAGAUUAAAUUGUUUGCACAUAGGCUGUAAUGCUAAACUCAUUUAUGUGGACUGGGAGGAAGCCCCAUUGCAUUUAGUGGGACUUAACUUCUGAGUAAACAUGGUUAGGGUUGUGCUGUGAGUUCCCACCAAAGCUCUUCACUCUUCACAACUGAUUUCAUUGCAGGCUCCUAUGCAAACAUGUGAUCAUCAAGUGAGAUCAUGGACUGAUUAGGUGGACCAGUUUGAUCACAGUUCUGGACCACGUGCACAUUGCGAACAUCUGCAUAAAGCCUUCCUUAGAUGUGACAGCAUAUAGAGGACUUACGCCUGAUUUGCUCCCUCAAUUUGUAUGUUGUCCUAGUGCAAGUUAACCAGAACAUCCACCGAAGCGUGAAUAUAUGUAAAUAUUUUAUGAGUAAUUCAUCAUGUGCACAAACCAGGCUUAAUACAUCGAAUAUAAAAGCAGAUUAGUCUUCUGAGGCAACUCUGCAAAAAAAGCUGACUAACCAUGCAUAAAAACAAAGCAAGUAGAACAAAUAUGAUCUCAGCAAUAUGCUUCACGGGUAGCAUAUAUUCGUUCCUCUCAUAGGUAGUUUUUGCCUUACACUGUAAUUCCUGACAAUUAUUACUAAAUUAUGCAUAGCCUAAUUGGUCCAAAUAUGACAGCUCUUUGAAAGAAAGAAAAAAAUAGAUAUAAGUGUGCACUGAGAAAUAAUUUAAAAUAUUUUAAAAAAUAUUUCCUGUUAAACUUUUUCAUGUCAAAUAGAGAUUCUUAAUUAUUACAGCUCUCUUCAUCUUUGUCACUUUAGUUGUCACUGUCUUCCCAAUUUCCACACAAUAUGUCACCUUCACUACUAUCCGCUGCAAUUAAAAGGCAUCACUUUUUGAAGCCACAGAUUCAGGAGGUAUUCUUUCCCACGCAUUUUAAAAUCCAGUGGCAUAGCAAAUCCACCAAUGGUUUUUUAAUUUUUAUGCUCGGUGAGACGGCAUUAUUUCCUGACAAAAACAAAUCAGAGUCCUUCCUUUGGAGAACUUAUUCACAACCGCAUCAAGGGCUUGUAGCUGUGAUGCCGUUCCACCUGGAACAACUACUAAAUCUGAUUUUGAUUAUCCAUCUUCUUAACUUUGGGGGUAAGAUGCCAUCUAAAUGCAUCUACCACUAGCAUUGCCCCCCCCCCAUUUUUUACAGAAUAGUCGCUAUCCACCCUAUUUUUGGGCAUCCCACAACUGUUCUGGUGGGGAGUGUUUCUUUUGGAAGUAUUUUUCCUCUCAGUAUAACAUAUUGCGAUGAGUUGGUGGGGGAGUAGGCUGCAUGCCUGGGCCCUGCCUAAUUCCUGGAUCCAGCAUGGAUUCAGUUCCUGGAACAGGCAGGCUAGCUUCCUGGUGAGGUAAUGUAUGGGCCACUAAGGUAACAAAGGAAGUGGCUCUGUGCCAGAUAUCAAAUGGGUGGGCCCUCCUCCCUCAACUCACUGGUAGGUAGAAAGACAAAGGUAGAGCAGACAGUUGAGUUAUGUGAACUAGAAGCUGACAAGCUGGAGGCUGGACAGAGCUAUGCUUGAUUUAUGUUGGGAUUCAUGGCUCUGACUAUGGCGGAAGCAAAUCCCUCUUGGGGUAUUUAUGCUGUGAAGACACCACAGCUUCUCCUGUCCAAAGUCUCUGUCCACAGUCUCUCUCAUUCCAAAGGAAACACAAACCCUGUGUAACCCCUGGAAUAUCACACCCCUCAGAGAUUGGGGUGGCAUGCAACUAUUACAGCUAACACUGCUAUAAGGUGCACUGCGCCCCCCCCCCUUCUUCAUGGACAGUUCCACUCCUUUCUUUUUCAUGAACAUGCUGCUUGGCAUAUCAGAGAACAUGGCAUUUUGUCAGCAUUUCUAAUUUGGCUAAGAUAAUGGUUGCGUUUUCUCCUCAGGCCAAGGACAUGCCGUUGGUAUUGGACGAACAUCUCACUGAAACUGGAAGACAACCACUGAGCAAAUGAUGUCCCACAUUUAAGUAAGAAGCCACUUCUUUGCACAAAUAUCCCGGCACCAAUUCAAAUGCUUUGCAGCUGAUUGGCAUUCCAUUUUCUCUUUGUUCUUUUACAAUGGAAAGUACACACUCAUCAACCUCAUAACGUCGACCACAUUUAAGCCCUCGAAAUGCUUUUUGCAUGGAGAUGGGAUUCUGAUUUUUUUCUUCUUUGAUCUCCAAUGACGCACAUUCUUUUCAUCAGCACUAUAUUUCCUUCCUGUUUCUCUAUUGUUUGUCACUUCAGCAUAGUUAAUAACUGCCAUUUUGAAAUUUGUCACGUCUCAGCCCCCAACUGAUAGAUGUUUUUCCCUGACAUGGACACCCAUAUUUUUACUAUCUAAAAACACGUGCUACCUCACACGAUGAAUAACUCACCAGGCAACUAGUGCCACCUGUCAAGAAUGAUGGGUGAUGCUUUUACAAAAACAACCAAAGUAUAUCAAAGUUCUGCAUGGUUCCUGAGUCCUCAUCUUACAUUACAGUUUCUCUACCUUUACUUUAGGCCACACUUAGGCUUAUACAAGCCAGAAUUUUGGGGGGGAAUGCAGCCUGUACAACAACUUCGGGAGAAUAAUUUAAAGUAUUAAAUAUAUUUUCUUAAGUACAUUUCAGCUGUAGAUUCACAUGUAUGCUUGUGUUUGUGCAAACUGUAUGUGUCUUGCUCUGUUUUGUUUUUACUUUUGCACUGGUUUUAUUAGUUCCAUUUUUAAAAUGGACUUUAAAAUUGCAUUUUGAGUCGCCUUGAGACACGCUAUAGCUGUAAUGAUUACUGUCAAAGUACAACUUGGUUGUGCCAGGUUCAAAUCCUUACUCAGCCAUGAAUUCACUAGGUGACCUUGGGCCAGUUGCCAUCUCUUAGCCUAUCCCACCUCACAGGGUUGUUGUGGCCUGUUUCCCAUGAUGGUUGUGAAGGAGAACAACGUACACUGCCCUGAGCUCCUUGGAGAAGGGCAGGAUAAAAACGUAAUUAAAUGCAUGCACAAGAUGAACAACAGUGGACAACAUACCAUAGGUUUUAUGAGUUUGAAAUGAAGGGCUUGCAUUUUUUUUCUCUUCUCAUAAUAAGGUUACCAGAUUUUUUCCAGUGAAUCCGGGGACACUUUUCAACUUCCUACUAAAUAGAUGGAUUUUGUCAGGGAACUGAUUUGUAAACCUGGGGACUGUCCCUGGGAAACGGGGACGUCUGGUAACCUUAUCUCAUAAAACCAACUGAAACGAACAUACAAGUCACUGGAAGGCAGCUCAUACAGUCAAGAAUCGUCACUUGUAGUGUGAAAGCUUUCAGAACCUCAGGUAUUAAAUUAUUAUACUAUCAUGAAGCUUUCCCUAGUAUAAUGCUUUGAGUAUUAAGUGCAUUUCUGGGGAGUCUUCAAUCUUGUAGAUGCAGUAUGCCUUAUUCCUUGAAAUAUAACAGCUUUGAUUACUUCCAGAAAGCUGCAGUUACCUAUAAUUUGAAGAGGGAAAAGAGUUUACUAUGGAUAACUACUAUAGCUUUUCUGUUUCCGAUGGCAUUGACCUAGUAGGGGACAGAUAACAACUGUCUUGGGGUAGAACUAAUAUAUUCUGGGAUAAAAGCUGCAAAAAACUAUGCUAUGUUCAUAGUCUUUUCUUGAGCAGAUUAGACUAUUCACAAAUCAGCAGCUCUGGAUUAGUCUCUUGAAUUGUUUUUAAAAAAACCCAAACAGCAGCAGCACGCCUUUGGGUGCAAUUUUCAUGAUUGCGUGUGCCAAAUUUCUGUGGAUUUUAUCUCCCUGUCUGCAGUUCUGUUAGCUGAACUGUCAAGUUUACUUUUUAUGCUCAAGAGAUUAAAAGUGGUUUGAAGUUCAGUGCUGAGGGUUGCAAUCAUGAAAAUGGAUGUUCAAAAGCAUAUUGUACAUUAUUGCCUAUUGUAGGGUUGCACCCUUUUAAGUCCAGAAUGUUUCUUUUUCACAAACUCAAAUGCCCGGUGUCUAGAUAUGUGGUGUCAUCUUGGUUGUGUUUUGUCCUGUAGAGCUUUAAAAGUCUAAGCAGCCCCCCCAUUCACAAGACUGUCCAUCCCCCCCCCAUAACAUUUGCUUGACUGUAAUUGAAUUUAAUUAGUACAGUCCACUUUUAAUUUCUUUACAGCGAAGCCUGCUGGCUCACUCUAAAUAUGGUGGGUGUGGGGUGAAAUGAGAAACACAAGACUCACAGCUGUUUUUGUCAGAAUUAUUUAAUGUCAAUGAAAUGGUUUAGAAUAGAAGAUACCUUGUUUUGUGAGAAAAUAGAACUUGGUGCGUUACUAUCCUGACCUUUGCCUCAUUACUUUGCGGAGAAAUAGUGCCAACCAUUCUCUUUUCCACAAUGAUAUCGAAUCAUUCCCAAUUAACAGUGUGAAGGACUGACAAAGUCCGGUGUCUUCCAAAAUGGCUUCCUACGCCAAACCUAUUGGCUGCUUUUCAGUACUACCUUGCUUUGUAGCAGAAAUCACAAUUCCAGAUUUCCAUUUUUAGGUUCUUCUGUGCAGUAAACAAAGGGCUGAAACUGCCGAAACUACCUGAAAGGUCGGACAUCGGUGAUUUGAUCUUUUUGUCUCUUUAAACUUGCAUAAAAAGCAGUCAAUGGGAACUCUAAUCUAGAUUGGGGCUAUUGUUUGGGGGAGGAGAGUUAAUUCUCUCCUCAGCUGCUGUUUGUCCUGUUAAAGCAAAGUUCUGUUCAGACACCAGGGAAGUAAUGCAGAUACCGAAACACAGGUGUAAAGUAUUCCUAGCAAACUACCUUCUCAAAAUGUCUCCUAAUACUGUAGUGUUCAAGGGCAGUUCUACACUAAGAAUUCUAUGUUAAGUUUUAGACAGAUCUAGGUUAAGUUUUUGUGAUAACUAGGUUUCAGUGUAGUGUGCAUCAAAUAUGACCUGCACAUAUAAACUUUUAUUAUCACCACUAUACACUAUAAGCAAACUUUUUUUUAAUCUCUCGUGCUUACAGCGAUUAGUAAACAUGCAGAUGUCAUUAGCGUUUCAGGGUUAGAAUGCUUUUUGCUUUGUUCGUAUCAAUUGCUGUAUAAUACUAAAUUUCUAGAAUGCUGCCCAGGCUUCAGUGAGCUUGCUAAUCCCUCUUUUUCAUUAAAUCAGUAUUAGCAGAGACAAUGGCGUGUCCUAUCGUCUUCCCUUUUCCACAUUGCAGUAAGAUAUCUUAUGUAGAUACAUGAAUUCCAAUGAGCUUUGUCCUCUUUGUAUUAAUAAAAAAAGACCUACUGCUCUGACACGUUCUUUGGUCUGGCUGAUUUCAUCUUAAGCUGAAGUCUCCUGAUAUGAUCACUUAUCACUUGGGCAGCAUCUUGAUGUCUGGAAAUUGAUUUUCCAGAUCUGCAUAAGCUUUUACUGCUGUUUCCUCGUUGCUGCUGUUAGUGAAGUGGUAGUCAUACCUAUGGAAGUGUAGGGCAGGGGUCGGCAAGGUUUACCUCACAUGGGCCAGUUCACUCCAGCGGAGAUCCCUCCGCGGGCCAGAUCUCGUGCGUGCAUGUGAUUUCCAGAGUCUGCGCAGAUGCGAUUUCCGGCACCGCGGAAGCAAGUCCCCACACUGCGCUGUGCCGGUUUAGCACAGCACACGGGGACUCACGGAGUAGCUUGGUAGCUCGGUUCGGGGGCGGCUCGGGGGCAGGUUAAAUGACCCCCGUGGGCUGCUUGUGGCUCAUGGACCUUAGGAUGCCGACCCCUGGUGUAGGGCAACAAACUGGGGAAAAGACAGAGCAGGAGGGAAUCCCUACAGACAUAGGAGAUCUCAAGCAUGCUGGAAAAUUCUGGGUUGUUAUUUUUAAGCUGCGCUCCCCUAAACCAGCAGGGCACACAGGCAACUACCGGUAAUGUCCUCUGCUCUCAUGCUAUCUGCAGAUGAUGGCAGGGGAAGCAAACAGCUUGUGGCAAUUAAGAUGGUUGCUAUUUUCAGGUGGGAUUCAAUCACAUGCUGGCAAAUUCAGGUUGCGCAGUUAAGGUUGAUUUGGCCUUCUCAUGCCACAAAACUUCCCCCUCCUCCCCAAAACAUACCCACACACAUUUUGUGUAAGGAAAGUGACAGGAAAAUGCACUGGCAAGUGUGGGGGUAAUAAUUGCUUUGACAUAAUGCCAUCUCACCUCCCUAACAACAAAUGAGAAUGAAUGCUCCUUCAGUGACAAAUAAUCUCUCUGCCAUCAUGCCAGGAUGUCUGGUUCCCUAAAGGUUGUCUGGUUGCCUAAAACAAAAUUCAGGAAUCGAGAAUUGAGUAUCGCCUCUAACAGAAGAGUUCUUACAUUCAGAAUGCCUUAGGCGUAAUAAUAGAAAACUGGAGUGCUUUUGCAAAUAAUUUGUUUUGAAGCCUCCCUUUUUUCUGCAUUGCAAUGUUGUUGUUGUUGUUUAAAAAAACCAAGCAAAAAAAAGUCCCCCUCUAUUUUAAAUUGACCCAUUAAGCUGUUAUUUACUUUGGGGGGUGGGGCAGAUGAUAUCUGGACGAUAUCUAUUGUUUGUAGUAUUUAUUCCCCACCUUUCAAUUUAAUAUUUCACCUAUGCAGCUUGUAAUAGGCUAUGAAAUGGUUUGCAGAUAACACUAAGUCAAAUUAUGGUUCAGAGGGAACAUGCAGGUCCCCAAAGAAAAUAUUGUCACCACUGAGUUCCUCCCCUAGUCCUGCUGCUUUUGCUGCAGUGAGCUAAGGCAUGGUUUGACUCAGGGGCUUGUGCAACUCUGGACAAAGCAAAGGUAGUUCUCUGAUUUAUAGAUCAUGGUUUGUCUGGAGGAGACAAACCAUGAACCUGGGUUUGGGAGUGGCUCUCCUGGUCAGUCAGAGCCACAGUGAGCUUCCCAGCAGCAGCAGCAUCACUGCCACCUCCUGGGAGAAGCAAGGUAACAGCAGUGAGGUUGGGGCUGUGCAAAUGCACAGUUGGGCUGCCAACAGGGUACUGCUGUGGCUCCGCCCCACUAGGUGAGUUGCUCCUGGAUAUAAAUAUAAUAAUGAAUAAAUAAUACCAUUUCUGGGGUCAAAGCAGUUGACAGAGGAGACGAAAUGCAAAGAAAAACAUACACAAGAAUAGAAUGGAUGAGUGUAGAUAUAUUCAUAGUUAUUUAGUUUGGUAGUUGGCCAUUAUUAUUAUUAUUAUUAUUAUAUUGGAUUUGCUACUCAUCCUUCAGGGACGCGGGUGGCGUUGUGGUCUAAGCCACAGAACCUAGGGCUUGCCGAUCAGAAGGUUGGCGGUUCGAAUCCCCGCGACAGGGUGAGCUCCCGUUGCUCGGUCCCUGCUCCUGCUAACCUAGCAGUUCAAAAGCACAUCAAAGUGCAAGUAGAUAAAUAGGUACCGCUAGAACAGCGAGACGGAGCGCUCUGCAGAGCUCCGUCUCCCUGUUCUGGCUUUAGACUUAGCCACGCAGCCUGCAUUCGCUCUAUAGGACGCACACACAUUUCCCCUUAAUUUUUGGAGGGGAAAAAGUGCGUCCUAUAGAGCGAAAAAUACGGUAAUUCAUAUAGCCCGGAGCACUGUUUCUGCUCUGUGUCUCAAAUGCCAUCUCAGAGCCUUGAGGUACCCGUUCUACUUCUGCAGUCAGUUAUGAAAGCCUUUUUUGCAUUGUCAUCUUGCCAACACCAAAAGUCUUCCUAAUCGGUCAUCUUCUGAAAACAAAAGGACGCUGGUUUACGUGGCAACAAAACUGUAUUCGGAACGGAAACCUCACGCUCAGUUUUGAUGCUGCACAAACCAAAGUGUGUCCUUUUGGUUUUUUUAGCUGAUGCCUGCAGAAGCAUGUCUGGUUUGUAUCUUUGUAUGCAUGUAUGUUGACAUGUGUUGUGUCAAAAGUUCUGGCCACAGAGUAAUAUUAACUGUGGUAGCCCGAUGUCCUCUCUGCCAUGUGCAACAACCAUUUAUGUAUUCAGCUGAAUAGACAGCAGUAGCCAUAGAAGUUGGGACUGUGGGACUGUUUCUUCAUCAACACUUCUUAGCACCUGAGGAAAACUGGAAAGGCAAUGUAUGCCUCAUGGAAUAACAAAUAAAAGUCCAUGCUAAAUGCAAACCUCAGAAGAUGUGAUUUUCUUGAAAAUUAUUUAUUAAAGAAGUGUACUAAGAGAAGGGGCGUAGUGGGGGAGUGUCAGAGGGGCCCCCGGCCCUGGGCAUGGACUUUUGAGGGGACACAAAGCUGGCACCCCCAGGCAGGUGUAAUGGGGAACCAAGGCUCACAGAGAGGAGCAUCUGGCUAGGCUGCACUGGGGACGCUGUUGUGGGAGCACCUGGUUCACACCUGCUAAGUGCCAGCUGGCCGAGUUCCCCCUGUAUGGGCAGGCAGAAGGUGCAGUGGAGCCCUGCUUUGCUCCGGUGCAGGGCGGUGUCACUCCAGCGAUGUCAGCGGCGGGAGCUGAGGUGCUGCAAUGGGCUCCUUCACCCUGUGCACACCCCCCCCAAGUGCCCUGGGCACCAUGAGCUUACUCAGUGUUGCUGACUAAGAGGACCUUUAAAGAAAAAAAUAAUUGGGAUAAAUAGUAUUUCUAAAGUGCGGUAGAAUAAUGGGAAGAAGAAUGGAAGCCCAUAAGCAUUAUUAUGUCAGUUUAACAGCUUGGAAGCCUUUAUAGGUAGAUAUAGCAUCUGCUUUAUACAGUAUGUAGGAACAAGCUUUAGGUUGUUUUCAGAAGUGAUGCAGAAUUAGAUGGUUUUAUUGAUGUUUGUUUGUUUUAAACAAAUCCUUCUUAUCAUUUAUCAUGAAGAAAAGGAGCCAGUGUCAGCCUUGGCUCACAAAGCAGUGCAGUUGAGAGAAGCAGUUUGGAAGCUUUCACUUUCAUUUUCAAUUCGCUGCAGCUUGCAUUUCGUCUCAACCUGACAAAUUGUGAUUAAGCUUAACCAUGCAUUGUUUGAAACAAUAUGCUUUCAGCUGGAGGACUAUGAACUAAACACUCACCACUUCCCCGGUGGGCACUGGCUGCAGACCCUCGCUCUCUGCCUCCUUCCCGGUCAGCCGGACCCACGUGGUUGGUGGCCAAUGGGGAAUUCCACUCAACCAUCGCAACCAUAGGGGCAUUACCUCCCCGCCCAUAAGCUGGGUUCAAAUGGGCCAAUUAGGGCCCAAGUCUUGGGAAAUUACUUUGCUUUCCGCCUGGGCGUUGGUCACAGCCGUGACAUUCCUUGCUGGCUACAGCCGGGCAGGGCAGAGGAACCCCUCCAGACCCCAUCCAAAUUGCCCUUCACAGUGGACCAGGCAUUUGGCUUGCUCUGUAAAAUAACCAAAGGGAGAAAACAUAUCCCAACCUCCAUAAAAGCAGAGACCAAAAUAUUAAGCUAAAUAUUUAGAAGAUAUUAAAGAUGUCAAAAAUAUUAAACUGAUGUUAAAGGCCUGGAAGAACAAAACAGUCUGCCCAGCGCUGAAAAGCCAUCAAUGCUCUUUUGCCUGUCUACAUGUCCUCCACUCGAGGCUCAAAAGUGCUCCGUAUCAGCUCAAACAUAUUUAGGAAUAAUUACGGUAAGAUUUGAUCAAGCUGCAGUAACAUAGGGAGGUUGUUGUUGUUUUCACCAUUCACAGGUUCACUGUGCAAGGACAAAACCUAGUAUUUAACAGCACUCGAUACCUUAUGAAACAUUUUAAGGGACGACACUUUUCAGGCCCUUUUAAGAUGGUAUGGGCAAUGCCUGGUGAAAUCUUGAAACGCAGAAUGCACUGAGCAGUUUCCAAUAGAUGUUUUUAUUGCAGAACUUUAGUGGCCUGCAGAGGGCAGAGCCUCAGUGCACAAUGAACUGCUGCUGCAGUACAUCAUGACUAGUAGUCAUUAGUAUCCUCUAUGAAUUUGUCUAAUACUCUUUUAAAUCCACCCAAGUUGGUGCAUUGUGGUAGUGAAUUUCAGCUGUACCUCACAGAUUUCUGCUUCUUGGCACCAGCAUUUGAUAUUACUUUGAGAUUUAUAUAUUUUUAGCGCAAUAUAUGCAACCUCCGGAACUGUUCUCGUCAUCUGUAUUACAUUUGUUCGACUGAGGUGCCUAAUCCAUGUACCUGCUUUGCUGUGAAGUGGGUUUGGCUGAUAGAGAGAGAGAGUUCUCACUUGAGGCAACCAAAGUAAAUUUCAUGGCUGCUCAAGAAAUCUGAAUCCAGGUAUAGGCAGCUUCUCUCGCAGUUUGGAAGCAAAAAUGCUCAAGCACCAUGCAUUCCAAUGCCAGACAUCCCUGACUCUUAUGCAUUCUUCCAGCAUGAGUCAUACCUCAGUCUUAGGCAUUUCUUCUUUCAGUAUUCUGUUGCUUCAUGUACCUUUAGAAAAAAACAUACAUCCCCCGCCAAAAAAUCCUAGGUGUGCUAUGAUCUACCAACAUGUUUAGAUUUACAAAUCAAGACUGCACACUUGGGAUUUCAUAAUAGGCAAGGCAUCAUGAAUAUGAGCUGAAGGAUCCUGCAAAGGCACUCUUGCAUUAAAAGAGAAGUAGUAUGUUGCUGGAUCAGAGCAAGGUAGACCAGAGCUGGACCAGCUGAUUUGACAUAGAUUGUCCAUUUGUCCAUCGCAGUCCACCUCUUUUCUGUUCUACUGAGGUGAAAAAUAGGGACAGCUGCUGCACUGCAGUGGUAUCUGAAGCUCAAUUGCAGGUGGCUGUACAAGAGAACAGCUCACCAUAGCUUCUUAGAAACCUCAUGAUUUUCACUGUCAGGCGGAAGAGGAACCAACCCCCACAACAGGAACGGAUAAGACAAGGAAAAGUCCUUACCAUCUGCUUUUUAUUCAAUAUUCACAGAGAGAGGCUUGGGAAUGCAGCUUCUUGGAAUAACGGUGUUGCCCUGAGUGACUCUCCACCCCCUUUUCUCUCACUUCUCCCCUGUGGGUGGCACUGAGGGCCCUUUGCUUCUGAGCUCUUUGCUCUACUACUUUCAAGGCUCGCUGGGAGAGGGGAGGGUCUGGAAUGCUUUCUAAAGUCACUGUGUCCAUCAGCUGUUGCCCUCCUGGUUCUUCCUCUUCCUCCUCUCCUAUUAUUUCCCAGCUUUCCCCCUCAUCUGCCUCUGAGCUGUGACCUCUCUCAAACCCCUGUUGUAAUUCUGAACUGUCUUCUUCUUCUCUAGAAGCGUCAGGCUGGGGGGGCGGUCUCCACCAUUCCUCUUCUGCCCAGUCCCUGACAGCCAUCCUGGAUGUCUAUCAUUUCUGUUCUGUUCUUUUAGACACAUUUUUGAAGGUGUGCAGAGGCAUCCAUGGCUGGUCCUAAAGCCAAUGGAAUGAUACCCAAGGCAUGGAGCAGCCUUAGAACUAUGCAAGAGGAAUUCACAGUCCAUUCUUGUUCUACAGCUGAUUCCGGCUCUACCAAGAAUUGGGCAGGAGGGGGAGAAAACAGUAAAUAAUAGGGUGGAAACCAUGCAACUUUCCCCUCUUGAAGAAAAGGCAAUAGAAAAGGAUAGAUAGCUGCUUUAUGACAUUUCUACGUAUUUAAAACAAUGUUUUGAAGCCAAAACUGGGAAAGGUGUCCUUUUUCCGUCAGGCUCAGGUGAUAACACAAACAUAUUCCAACAACACUGAUUAAGUAUAAAAAUGGGAACAUGUGUUUUGCGUUCUGAGAGACUGAAUGUGUGUCAUGGUUACUGCAUCAAGUUAGUACUAAUAUGUGGUAUAUACAUAAUGAAGAGAAAAUGCCAACACAUUCCAUCUGGCAGACUAGCAAGGUGGAGAUAGUCUUUAAUUAAAUGACUAUCUGAAUUACUAAUCCCAUUAAUUAGUGUGCCAUGGCCUGAGUAGUUAGAAAUAAUGAGCGUGUAUUUGUGUGUGUUAGUGUUAAUGUGUUAAAGUUCACACAAUAUUAAUGGUGGUUCCAGAUUGACUGUCACUUGGCCAUUUGACUGGCUGACAUGCAUGCCACUUUGGAAGCCAUCUUUCUGUUGUAGAUUGUAUCUUUAUCUUGUUUAACAAAUUUUAUAUACUGCUUGAUUGUAAUAAUACAUCUACAGUGGUGCCCCGCAAGACGAAAAACCCGCUAGACGAAAGGGUUUUCCGUUUUUCGAUGCGCUUCGCAAGACGAAUUUCCCUAUGGGCUUGCUUCGCAAGACGAAAACGUCUUGCGAGUCUUGCGAUUUUUUUCGCUCCCCCCCUUUUUCUAAGCCGCUAAUAGCGCUAAUCCGCUAAGCCGCUAAUAGGGUUGCUUCGCAAGACAAAAAAACCGCUAGACGAAGAGACUCGCGGAACGGAUUAUUUUCGUCUUGCGAGGCACCACUGUAAGCAGUUAAAAUGUGCAACGUCACACAUUUCGCCAUCUUUUUGUAAAGUACAAGGUUGCAUUUUCCCAGGUCUGGUUGUAUCCUAACUUAGAAUACAUUCCUCUGUCUAGUGCUUCGUCGGCAUACUUCCAUUGUAUAUGCUCUCAGCAUGGGAAUUCUUCCUGACUCUGGAAGUUCCAUUCAAACUUACUUUUAACGAUAUCACACCACUGCAGCAUGGUUCGUUCUCCUACUGCUCACCAACAUGGAAAACCCAAGGAGGACCAUGCAAGAAGUCCAACAUUGCAAUUUCUUCCCAUGGCAGCAUCUCCUCUCCCAGGGGUUAGAGUGACACUUACUCAGAGGUAAGUAACACCUUGAUGCAGACUCCUCUUAUGUGACCUCUGAAAGCCCCAAACUGCUGAAGGUAGUAUUAGAAGGAGUCUAAUAACCUCGCUUCCAGAACACCUUAUGCCAGGGAGCUGGCAAGGAGAAAAGGUCGCUCGCAGAUCAGAGAAAGAGAGUGAAACACUUGGCUAACUUACAGUUAGUUUCUUUAUUAAGCAAAGCAGAACAAGAACACGACGAGACUUCUAAAGGUUGCUUCUGUCUUAAUGAAGCAGUUGUCUGGACUGGCUUGUAGCUCCCCCUUCACUCCUUAGCCCUCUGUGUCAGGCCCCUCCCUCUGUCUAUGGUGAGCUCCAGGGGACCCUCUCUGUGUCUGCCUGGCUCUCUGCUCAGCAUCAUGCAAUAAACGCCUCGUUCUAGGAGUGGGGGGGCUUGCAAGCUGUCAGCAGAGAAGCUAUGAGAUUGGCUCUGUGGUAGAACUGCCUAGACUAAUUCCUGUCCCUGCUCUGUGUUAGGGCACCUGCCUGUUUCUGCCUCUUCACUAUCUCUCAAGCUCCCUGCCUCCAGCACUUCCCAUCUCUUCCCCUCCUCUGGGGUGUGGCCAGUUUCCCACCACCAGGAGCCAGGAUCCAAUUCCUCUCCCUCUGUGCUUGCCCUGAGGGGAUCUUGGUCAGGCGGCUUCUACCACUCCUCCUCAGGAUUUUGCUCUGGCCAUGCCCCUUCUCCCAGGCUACCCCUUUACUGGCUCUGCUUGGUGCUCUCUUGCUUUUGUCUGCUUAUUAACUGUGAUAAUGUUUGCUUGGGUGGAGGUAUGCAUGUAUCAACCUCUGAUCUCCACCCCCCCCCCCCAAUGGCUGGAAUACAGCCUCCUGUAAAAAGGUAAGAAUCACAUGCAUGACCUGUUCAUUUUUUCCCUUUGGCUCCAGCCAUGUUGCCUCUUGACAGUUGUCUCCAAGGAAAUGUAGCCCUUGAAUGGAAAAGGGCUCCCAACCUUUGCUGUGCAAACUGUGCUCUGAUGAGCAUUGUCUGCUUCAAAUGCUAUUUAUGAGAAAGAUUUUUUUAAGCCCGUCUUUUUACCUAAACUCAGAAAGCACUGAGUUUUCCACACAGAAAACUUUUCCGGACACAUUACUGCCUAGGCGUUGAUUAAGGUAGAAACAUGUGGAACCUGAGCUCAGGAUCAAGCCCAUUGAUCCCACCUAUCUCACUUCCCAUGCCUGCAAAGGCUGUUUUUGCACAGAGCCGACACAUGUACACCAUUGCCCCAUUCCUGUCAAAACAUAAGGUAGUAGGCCUGAAGUCAUGGGCUUAUAAGUGACAUAAAGGAGCUGUCCAACUAGGAGAGAAGGCUAGCUUUGAGGCCAGGGUCCCCAACACCAUUGCUGAAACGUCAGUAGUGCUGCCCACAAAGGUAACUAAAGCACAGACCAAGAACUGGAUAGAUUGGGUGCUGCACCAGCCAGGCAGCAACUGUGGGUUGCUGUAUUAAACUUUGCAGCCAUACCCUUUCUAAUAAAUUAUUAGAGGCUCUGAUCCCAGAGGUACAUAAAUCAGGUCUCAUCCUUGGGACCAAAGGUAGUGAAAUGUGUCAUACAAACACUGUACUUUAUAUGGUGGCUUCUAUCCAAGUGUUUAAUCAUAUUUGUUCUUGGGGUCCAGAAGAUGAUAACUGGUGGUGGUGGGGUGUCCUGGUGCACAGAGGAAGCCUAGACCUGUGGCAAGAUAUAUAUCAUGGAGGUCCAGUGGUUGAAUGUCCUAAGUAGCAGCUGCCUUGAAUAGAGGCAACUCCUUCCAGUUCCCUUACCUCUUCCAAGAAAGUCCCAUCUCUCAGGCUUUGGAAGCUGGCAGGUGCUGGGUCAUAAGCUCCCAUGGACACAUUUUUUUGGUUAGGAUAUGGACUGUAUGUGUAUGAACCCAUACAUAUCCAGGGUAGUAUGAUCACAGGUUCUGUGCAAAUGGCUCACUGAAAGUGUAAAGGUCAGGGGGACAGUCUGUAAGCACAAUCCCAAUUCCUGCCUUUGUUUCUUAAUUUUGAAUGUCAGAAAAUCACAGAGUUUUAGGAAAAAAUGUUGAUACUGUUGAUAAUGUUGGCUAUUUGCAGUAUGGUAGUGCUGCAGAGAGCUUGCUGGGGAGACCAUGCAUUAAAAAGGGACUCAGAAAUGACUUAAAGAAGGUUUUAAGAAAAACAAAAACUCCAUUUACACUAAAUGUAUCAACAACAAACCAAACCCAACCACCAACCCAUCCCCCAGGGUAAUGGGAGAGCUAGGUGCUGCUCCUUAUAUACUCUACCCAAUUGCUGACACAGCUUAAUCAGUUCAACUCAGCAGCACCUGCUAUGUUUCACAGCUGUAAAGCUGGGUCUCGUUAUUUUGCUCUGGCCCUUGCUCUGGCCCCUUAAAGACAUACACAUCGGGUGGAACAAUGAUGAACCUUUACAUUUAAAGAAACCAUUCAACACUUUGUACACAACUAAAUUCUACUGAGAGUGCAACCAGUUUGAAGUGGUUUACAAAACAUAAAAACUGAUUGUACAACCCUGUUAAAAUACAAAAUAAUUAAAAAUACCCCGCAGUGAAAAUACACAAUAAAACAAUCACAUUAAAGCUUUAGCACAUAAAUGACUAUGUUUAAAAUAGGCAAUAAAACAAUCCCAUUAAAACAACAUAGCAAUUAAAACAGCAGUUAAAUGGACCUAAGUCAGACAUGUUGAUUUUUAAUGCAUCUACUUUGAGUAGGACUGACACUAGGUACAGCCUCUGUCUGGAUCUCAUAUACAGUUAUUAGACUCAUGUCUAUCCAUUCUUUUGCAUAUCCACAAACUGACACUCAGGGGUUCUUAGUGCGUGUAUAUGCAGGAAAACAGAUGUCUGUGCUUGCUGUCCUUGAGUAUAUUUACACAGGUGUGCAGAAAGUGCACAUGGGACACCCGAGACAGCUUCUUUUGAACCAGACGGAGCCCCCUACACACACACACUUUUGCCAAAUGUAUCACAUUUUUUCAUUGUCAAAUAUACUACUUGUGCUUUUUUGGGGGGUGGAAGGGAGUGGGCAUGCCAACAGAAGCUCACAAAAUCUUGUCAAAAUAACUAGCCCUUUUAGUGCUUGCCAUAUCUUUUUGUAAGCAGCAAACCAUUGGUUUUCGCAAUGAGCAAAAAGUAAAAUCUCUGUAAUAUAAUUAUGGUAUACGUUAGGGUUAUAGGUGCCGUGUGCCCCCAGAGAAUCCUGUGUCUCCUCCGUUUCUCUUCACUGUCACAUCUAGUAAGGCCAAAGUCAGUGGUGUGGUGUUACCAUCUUUUGAAUUUCCUGACUCCAUUUGUUUGGCAGUCAUUUGCAGGGAAGGGGGUGGAAACUAUCUAUUUUUCUUUCUAUUUUGCCAAGGGAGUAGCAUAAUUCCCCUCCAGUGACAUGUAAAAAUGCCUGCAUACAAGCUUCAGGUAGUGCUAUGCUUCUUGGCAGACUAGCUAUGGUUUUGUGUUGGGUGAACACUCUCCAUUGCAAACAGUGUGUGAUGUGUAGGUUGCCUAGUCCAAAGACAAAUGUUUCUUUCUUCACAUAGUUCUCACGCCCUACAAGAAUGUGACUUUCCUGACAAUCCAAGAGGAGAUGCAAAUGGGACCUCACCCAUGGGAAUGUAAAUGUAAACUGUAAACAAGUGGCAAGUCCCUGGUGAGUCAAUAUUUAAGGGAUGUCAACCUGAGCCAGGGUUAGCGAAGGGGCAGAGUUCCGUUGACUUUAGCUACUUCCCAUUAUCCUUUAACCCAGUGAAGUGAAGCAGUGCUACAUGGCAACAGUUUUCAGUGAACUUUACCCAUUGUUAAGUCCCUUGGAAUUUCCCAGAAUGCCCCAGAAUGAUACUAAGUCAGGGGCAUUAUAGGAAAUCAAGAGUGGCUAGAUGCAUCAGUCUAUUGCUGCUUGGAACACCAGACAAGAUAGAAGUAACAGGUCACUGGGACCCUGGUAGGCGCCCAGAGUUGCCGUGUGCUAAUUUUGAUGAUCUCCACACUGGGGGUCCUUGAAGCCAGAUUUCUGAAUUUGGCAUUUGUUUUCAUUUUGUUGAUGUUGGGGAUUGCUUGCUGAGAUGUCUUAGGAGGUAGAGAGCUAUAUUCUGCUAUCUCUAAGUGGCGGUAUGCUACCCAGUUCUUUUUAUCUUAAAAUGUUUUGCUGACGUCUAUUUUGGACUCCACUGGACAUAGAAAACAGGCAGGAACUUUUGCCGCUUCCAGGAAAGCACUCAGCCCUCUUAAACAUGCUGAAAAGUGUUUCUCAUUGUGGUCAUUAACGGGCAGUCAGGCUGCAGCCAGCAUGCUUCCAAGAUAGCAGCCAGCAGCACUGAAGGAUGGCAAGCCACAUCUGUUGAUUCCCAGCUCCUUAGAGUGCUUCUUUAUUCCAGCCACCAUCUCCCUGAAUCUUGCUGGAGCAGAGUUGGAGCCAACUGGUUUGCAUCCAGGUUUCUAUUUCUGCCGGACAGCAGAAAUAAUGAGAGAGAGCUUUAUCUAGGACCAAUGGGAAGUAAGGCUGAUUGUUGUCAUCAGCAUACUGAUGAUGACAUAGCUCGUAAGGGCCACAGGAAGUUGAAUGAGGGGCUGAAUGAAUCCUAAACUAAAACAUUGGUGGUGAUGACAAUAACAAUGCAAAGUCUGUCUCCCACUAGCUGUGCUGUAGUCAGUUCCAGCAGAGUCAGAAAAGAAAUAUUGUGGUGCUUCAAAGCAGGUAUGAGGAACCCCAUGCUCACAGACCAGAUGUGACCCUCCACUGACUCUCCACGCCUCUCUUUGUGGCCUUUGUGACUUUCACACCCUUUCCUAGCCCUGCUUCAUACAUUCAGCUGGGUGCUUUUGCCUGCCUGAAAAGCACCCUUGGACUCUGAUAGUUUUAUCUUGCUUGUCUGGAUGGAGCAUGCAUGAAAUUAGCCUACCAUAUAAAGAUAAAAUUUGUAUCUGCUGCUCCCCCCACAUUUGCCUGUGGCCUUGCCCACCCCUGGCAUAUGCUGCUCCCCUCAGAAAGUAAUGCACCCCUCUUCCCAAAAAACUGUCAGGGUGCUGUCAGUAGCCCAGGAAAGAAUAAGACAAGGAAAAGUUUAUUACAGUCCUUUUUAUCCCAAACUUUACAGAGAGGCUAUAGAACCCAGCUUCUUGGAUAAUGCCGUUGUCCCACGUUAAUCUCCACCCCCGUCUCUCCCACUUCCUCAUUCGUCACUUCUACGGGUGCUGCUACAUGCCCUCUGUCUUUGAGCUCUUUGCUCUCCUACUUUUAAGGCUCACCGGGUUCUAGGAGGUGGAGGGUCGGGAAUGCUUUCAAGUGACAACGUGUCAGCCAGGUGUUGCUCUGGCUCUCCCAUGAUUUCCCAAUUUCCCCUCUCAUCUGCCUCUGAGCUGUGACUGCCCUCAAACCCCUGUUGUAAAUCUAUACUGUCUUCCUCUUCCUCCUCCCUGGUAGGGUCAGGAUGGGGAGGCGGUCUCCACCAUUCCUCCUCUGCCCACCAUUCCUGCUCUGCCCAGUCCCUGACCAAGAUAUUUCCUUAUAGGCAUAAUAGGGACAGAGGUUCCAAAGAAGAUGGCCAACCUAUGGAUGUAUGUGACAACAGCAGCUAGAACAUUAUAUGCACAGAAAUGGAAAGAAGAGCAAGUUCCAACAAAGGAAGUGUGGCUUUUGAAAGCAAUGAGCUAUGCAGAAAUGGCAAAGCUGACAGCGAAAUUAAGAGAUCAAAACGAUGAACUUUUUAUAGAAGAAUGGAGGCCUUUUGUGGACUAUUAAAAGAAAAAUACUAUAGUCAAAUGAAAUCGUGGGCAGGAUUUGAGAUAAAAGCAGCGGAAGAAAAAUUGUAAUAGGGAGACGUGGUAAUAGAGAAUUUCCCACCAUUCUCUCCAUCUAGAAGGAGAGAACAUUUUUACCAAUCUCAGUUGGUUUAUAGUUUAUUCCUCCAUUUUGUAAGAUGCUAAGCAAAAGAUAAAAAUUUCCUUCUUUUCUUGCCCAGGACUCCAGCUCUCUGCCCAUAUUUGAACUGCCAUUCCAUUAAUAACACCAACAUUCCCCUUCCUAGCUCCACCCAAAAUGAAAGAAUGCUCAAAAAGAUAGUUCGGCAGCAACUUGGGGCAAAAAAUCCAGCCUGCACUAAGUUUGGUAUGUCAUCAGCAUUAAUGUGUGUCAGUUGGAGCUGGAAUUCAGUGCAGAUGACUGAGAAAGGAGCUGCCGUCGUGUGAUACCUACUUUUUCUAUGGUGCAAUCCUGUACAAUUGAGUGCUGCCUUUGCCCAAGGCAGAUAAUGUAGUUGCCCCACCACCACACACAGAGAUGCGUGUUCAGCACCUUUCUGGGAAGCAAUAGUGAGGCAAUAGAGAAAAACCUGUGGGAGGGGCCCUACCCAUGUUGUUGCGUCAUCUUCAUGCAUUCCCUGUGGGAUUGCAGCAGGGUAGAAAGCACCUGAAAUGUUCAACAGCUGUGUGUGAGGUUACUGUAGGAGCCAAUCCAGAAGUGUAAAUCAUGUUUAGCCAAGUCUUAAGCCAUUAUCUGAGACAGAUAAUGUAGCAGGAAGCACCAUAAAGAUCUAAGUGCAACCAUCUGGCCCUGCUGAUAUCUGGCUAUAAAUCCAUUUUCGUUUUCAUGAACCUGAUUAUGUGCAGAGUUCCAUCCAAAAUGACAAUAUCUUGGCAGUCUGCCCCCAUGGACUUUGUGACGGAAAACUGUAGCAGCUUAUGUAAUGCUUAUUUCGUGAUGUGUUUAGCGGUAGUGCUGCAAAAUCUGGGGUCGUUUGGCCCAAGCUUGGUCAUUCUAGCUUUUCUGAAAUAAGAUGAACUGCCUUGGCAAGAAGUUCCAGGCCUUAAUUCAGCCAAUAGGUUCUGGAGCUGUUGAGUUAUCUGGACCAGAUUUGGGUCACUAAUUUAUGCCAGUGCAAAGACUUCCUCUAACACAGUGGUGCUUUCGCCCCACUCCUCUCCCUGUAUGUCCUCCAGAUCUGCUUUGGAGAGUCAAGAGAAUCCCCAAAACAGCAAGUGGGGGGAGGAAAUGCUUGCACUGAUGGAAUAAGUGUCAUAGCAAGAAACUGAAUUCCAUCCAUUGUCCCAAAUUAAAGCCUGCUCAGUUCUUCAGGUCUCAGGACUUAUUUGCCAAGUUUUCUGGUGUGAAGUUUUACAGUUGGUUUUGUGCUUUUUACUGCAUUGUUACAUAAGCAAAUGUCUUCAAUUCUGUGUUUCAUCACUAUAAAUCUUUGGCCAGUGCCAUGAGCUCUGCAAUAAAAGCAGGAUUCAAAAGUUCCACAAAAGAUGGACAAUAACAAGGCAAAACAUUUUUCUGCCCUUAACCAUUAACAGGAAUUAACUUAGGGCUUACUUACUCCACACUCAAACCCAUUUUUUUGGGGGGUGUGUUGCAGAUAUUUGUUUCAUCCCUUCAGUUCCUUCCCACACAAAAAUAGAAAACAGGUCAAGUAUUGGCUGUUGUUGGUAGAUGUGGAGUAAUUAUUUAGAUUUAUAGUUUUCCAGCUUUGCAAGACUGAAGGUAAUGUUAUCUCCAAAAUUGACUCAGUAAUUUACCUCACAACAAUCAUAUGAAGCAGGUCACUAAAGCCUUGAGGCAACAUCACAACAUGGUUAGGUGUGAGUGGACAAGUGGACAGAGAGCCGGAAUCACAGCUGUUUUGCUCCUCCCCCGUUCCUGCUGCCACUGCACUACCCAUAGCUAAACCAUGGUUUGAUUUAUCAUUACAUGCAAACUUGGGCUCUUGGUUUGUCUCCUCCAAGAAAACUACAAAAUGUAAACCAUGAACAAAUGUUUUGCUACAGCUCAUGGGUUGCUUGGAGCGCAACAAACCAUGGACUUGGAGUUGUAUACAGGUUUAGCCCUGGGUACAAUGUCAGCAACAGGUUGGAAGACAAGUGAAGCAGGCACAAUUUUUACACCAUGCGCCCAAAUGUUCGCUCAUUUGGUUUAGUACUAUGUGCAAACCAUGGGAUUAGAAGAAAACUGUAGUCCAAAAAUCUAGAUGUACAACUACAGCGGAAUAUUCUUUGUUUCAACAUUUGCAUCAAAUUUCUAGACAACGUAAUUCAAGUCUUCCAGUGUUGAAAACCCCUCACUGGCCUGGUUCAUUGGUGGUUUGGCUACCAGCUAAGCCCUGUGGCUGGCUUCCACAUCACAAUAUGAAAAUGGCCCCUUAUGUGGAUGAACAAGAUCAGGUAUGUGCUUCUGUGAGCAUCAGUGGACUUGAUCAAGAGGUGGAAUUGUUUUGGGAAGAAUGCACAUGAUCCAUACAUGUGAGAGGGAGGUUUUCAACCAUAGGGGGGCAUUUUACAGUGAUAAGAAUACCACCACCGUGUCACACACACACACACAUACAGAAAAUGUGAUUAAGAACUUUAUGUAAACUAAUCAUUUAUAUUAUAAAGUAUUCUACCGCAUGUU